GCACCCGCACCGCCCAUGGUUUCUUACUGCUCUACAAGUCGGACCUCCGACCAGCAGAGGGCGAUGAGCAGCGCAGUGUGCUGUUGCCUUGCUGGCUCCGUGCUCUAUGGCAGAAUCCCGGACUCCCGGCAUCCCCUCGGGUCCGUCAGAGGAGGAGGCGGAGAGGAGGCCGCUUGUGUAAGAUAUGCUGCGGGGACAUGACCAUCUGACAGCCGGAACUCUCGGUGCGAGCCUCACCGGCAUGCGGGAAAAGUGGAAGAGGCGCCGAAGAGCGGGCCGGAAGGAGGAGGCGGCAUAUGGCGCGAUGCUGUCAUCGACUGCAGAUGACUUCAAUUUGGAUGGUGACUUUUCACCAACAGCUGGGACAAGUAGAUUGCAGAGCCUUGGAACAGCAGCAGAUGCGUCUCCUGAUUCAAAAUGUCCCAUAUGCCUGGAUAAGUUCGAUAAUGUCUCCCACCUAAACCAGUGUUUUCACAAGUUUUGCUUCAAAUGCAUCAAGGAAUGGGCAAAAAACAAAGCUGUGUGCCCCCUAUGCAAACAGCCAUUUAAUUCUAUAUUUCAUAGUGUGGAAGCAGAAGAUGAUUUCAAAGAGUAUGUUUUGAGGCCCACAUUAAAUGACUCUCCUGUGGGACCUAGAUUUCGCUACCGCACCACAAGGACAAGGGAGAAUCAAUUGCACAUGCCAUCAUUAAGAUCCUCUGCUCAAAGAGCGUUUUCACUUCCAGACAAUGGCGUUCUCUUUGAAGGAACUUCAAAUCCGUCAUCCCAGCAAAGGGGUAGCAAUAUUCAUCAAAUGAUGCGACGGCUGGCUUCCAGACGACAAGCCAGUGCUGAAGGUCGGGCAAUGAGACAAAUUCAAGAGCAGGAACUCAUCAACUUCAGGAGGGCACUUUAUCGUUCGGGAAUACGUGUCCGAAACAUCCAGGAUGGAGGGCGCUACAGAGAUAUAUCUGCUGAAUUUUUCCGUAGAAAUCCUGCUUGCCUUCAUCGGCUAAUUCCCUGGUUGAAGCGUGAGUUGACAGUGUUAUUUGGCACACAUGGUUCCCUGGUCAAUAUUGUACAGCAUAUCAUUAUGAGUAAUGUGACACGUUAUGACAUGGAGAGUCAAGCUUUUGCAGAGGAUUUGCAGCCUUUCCUGCUUCACCGUACAAACCAUUUUUUACAUGAGUUCAUCAACUUUGCCCGUUGUCCUUACAAUAUUGAAGCUUAUGACCAGCAUGCCAACUAUGAUUGUCCUGCUCCUUCUUAUGAAGAAGGAAGCCGAUCCGAGUCCUCUAUUAUUACUAUAUCUCCAGAUGAAUCGAAUUCUAAGGAACCAGAUGUGCCCUCCUCUUCUCUUGAAGUUGGGCAAGCUCCCUGGGAUGAUGAAACCCCAGGACCUUCUUACUUCACUCUGGAACAGGCAACUACAAAUGUUUUAACAACUGUAGACAGUUCAGAUGAAGAGCCUUCUAGCAGUAGACUAACCCCCAAGAGCUUAAAAGAGAAUUCCAAUGAAGGCAAUCAGGACCAGGGCCUUCCCUCAGAUGAGUGUGUCAUAGUGGGUUAUGUUAAACCACUGGCUGAAAGAACCCCAGAACUUGUUGAGCUGUCAUCUGACUCAGAAGGUUCCCUUUGUGAGGUGGCUGUUGAGCAAACUAGUAAGCCUCAACUUAAGCCAUUCACUUUAUGUCAUAGUAGUGAGUCAAGGAGGUCUUCCUCUCUGACAUCUUCGGACUCGAGUAUUAAACAUACACGCAUGAUUGACCGUAAAUUGAGUACGUCUCAGUUGAAAAAGCAUUCCAAAAAAUUAAAGGAGCAAAAGUUAAAAGCUGUGUCCUCUAGAAAUGGACGUGAAUCUAGAAAAGAUAAGGUACAUCCAUACAGCAAGGAAAAGUCAAGACGGAGGGAAAGAUCUCAGAGCUCAGAUUGUUGUUCUCGUUCUUCUCGCAAUAGGGCCUAUGAGAGUCACCGUAGACAGGACAGCAAAAACAGCCUAAUUAGUAAAUCCCUGGAGAAGAGUAGGCACAAGAGUUGGAGGGAAAAAAGAAGAUCCAGGAGUAGAGACAGGAGCUUGUCAUGGCGUAGCCAAACUGUGUCACUGACAAGUGAAAGCUCCAGAGAAAGAUGUGGAUCCAGCAUAGGGAAAAGCAGAAACCGCAGCAGAGGGAGAUCACGGUGCCGUGAUAAUGACAAAUCUUUUCCUGCAGACAACUGUCAAAGCACGUAUCAAUGGGAAUACACCUAUUAUAGUCGAAACCGGGACAGGGAUGGAUAUGAGCAGUACUGUAGUAGAGGUCAUUACUCUAGACGCUCUGCCAGCCCAGAAUAUAAGCUACAGCCUUACUCUGAAAGGAAAGAUACAAAAAGGCACAAAGGUGUUACUGCUGGCAAGCCACAUCAUCGAUAUCGAUCAAAAAGUCGUUCAAGCAGCCGCAUUAACACAACUGGCUCACAGCACAGUCAGUCUGACAAACCUAGUGGUAAGCGAAAGUACAAAACCCGUCAUAUGGAGACUCAUGGGAAAAAAGAAAGCGGUCAUAAAUUAGAAGUUGGCAGUAAGAAAGAGACUGGCAUGACCUCCACAGAGAGAAACUCAGAUGGGUACAAGAAUGACCUAAUUGACAGGUCUUCAAAUGAGCCAAAACGGAAGUGGAGGAAGAAGACCAGAAGUUCCAGUGUGGAGAUUGUGUAUGAAGGGAAAGCUGUGCAGGGUGGAAAACACCAUAAAAAGAAAAAGAAGCACAAGAAAAAACGUAAACGUGACAGACAUGAACAGCCUGCCAGUUCUCUAGCGGUUUCUCCCAUUAUCAUUACAAUUGAUAGUGACAGUGAUGUGCCAAUGGGAGAGGAUCCCUCUUGCAAGGACAAUGGUAGAGUCCUGCCUGACAAGAAUACUAGUUUGGGCUUUACCAUGGCUGUGCCCAGCCAGUUACCAGCUACCUCUGCCACUUUAAGCUCAGAGCCAGUUAGCAUAGAAGGGACUGGUUCUUAUUCCGUCGGCUAUGAUUUACUCUCAAGCAAUGGACACUUGGAUGCUGCCACAGGGAUACUGGAUGGCUUACAUUUUGAUGACAGUUCUGAUGAGCCAGACCUCCUAACAACAAGCAGUCUACCUAAAACAGAGUAUCCAUUUAGUGAGGAAGCGGCCAUGGCUGAAAUACCAGACUUAAAGUCGGAGCAUAAUGGUGUGACUACCACAAUGCCUAUUGUAGUAACAGACUGCCAGGAAUUUUUUGCAGAGAGCUCUCAAGAAACAUUUGCCGAGAUGAUUAGUGGUGCUUUGGAAAUAUGACUGCACCUUGUGCCAACACUUGUAAACUAUUUUUCUUUUCUUUCUGGCUGAACUAAUUCAUUUCUAAAUUAAGGUUUAUUACAAUAUACACAAUUUAAAAAAAAUGAUCUAA